AGGGAGGGAGCAAAGUGCAGCUCGCGCGACCAGCCUUCUCUCCCAACGUCACAUUGUGCGAGAGACAAAACCAGGGCGCGCCUGAGCUCACACGCGCACGCACACACAGACGACCCCGUCGCCUCUUCCCUCCUGGCGCUGCCGAGAAACCCAGCCUCCCUCCCCUUCCUGGGACGCGGAGGCUCAGCAAGCUCAGAGCGCAGCCCAGAGCCAACCCGGAAGGCGAAGAAAGGCGGUGGACAGCCUUCUUUCUCCCCUGCCUGCCCGGGCUGAGGCGUCCCAUCCCCCUCCCCGAACCCCGGUCUCUCCCACCCCACCCCUCUGGGUUUCACGCGGACAGAGCCAGAAGCCGGGUGUGCCCCCGUUUGGAAGCCACGUUUCAGCACUUCGGACAGCGCCCGGGCGCCCCGGCCCCUUGGGGUUGGCUAUGGCGAGCGUUCAGCAAGGAGAGAAGCAGCUUUUUGAGAAGUUCUGGCGAGGAACCUUUAAAGCUGUGGCCACCCCGCGUCCCGAGAGCAUCAUUGUCGCCAGUAUCACAGCCCGCAAACCGCUACCAAGGACAGAACCCCAGAAUAGCCCCAUGGUCCCAGCUCAAGAUGGACCCUCAGAAAAGCUGAGCCAGCAUCUUGCCACCGAGGCCUUGGGCACCAACAGCUGGGAGAGAGACAAGGCCUGCCGGGAGCUCAGUCCUGCCAGAGCACACAGUGCCUCCCGUGACAGAGACCUGACGCCACCGCCUUCCUCCAGGGGGAAGAAGAAAAAGAAGAAAUCCACGCGGAAGAAGAGAAGGAGGUCCCCAUCAUACAGCCCAUCGCCUGUCAAGAAAAAGAAGAAGAAAAGUUCCAAGAAACGAAAGAGACACAGGUCAUUCUCCAAGAAGAGAAGGCACAGUUCCUCUAGCCCAAAAAGCAAAAGAAGAGAAGAGAAGAGGCACAAAAAGCAAUCUCGAAGUCGGCCCCGAAAAUCUCACCGCCACCGCCAUCACCACUGCCCCUCGCGGUCCCAGAGCUCCGAGUCCCGCUCCUCAAGCUGCGAGAGCAGGCACCGCGGCCGGUCCCCCGAGGAAGGGCGGAAGUCGCGCCGAAGGCACUCCCGCCGCUGCUCCAAGACCCUCGGCAAGGCCCGCCCCGAGGCCCGCUCCGGCCCCCCGCCCAGCCAGCCCCUCCAGACGCUCAGCCUCCUGCCGGCCAGGGGCGUAAUCACUGGGUCGGGGUCUGCUGCUGACCUCUUUACCAAAACAGCCAGCCGGCUCACCGCCCCCCGAGGAUGCUCCCAGGAGUACGACUCAGGGAAUGACACCUCCUCGCCACCCUCCACACAAAUCAGCUCAGCCAGCUCUCGGGGGCAGGAGAAGGGGAGCCCUGUUGGGGGCCUAAACAAGAGCCGGGAGCUCAACUGUGGCAACACCUCUGAUUCAGGGAACUCCUUCACCACCUCCUCACCCCAGAACAAGGGCACCACUUUGGAGAAUCUCUCCCCCACCAGCAGGGGGAGAGAAUCAAGAGGAUUCCAGUCGCCAUGUCUGGAGUGUGCCGAGGCAAAGAAGUCCAGUUUGGGCCCAUCCACAGCCCGGAGCUCCCCAAGAGGGUACUCCCGGAGUUCCUCCUAUGCCAGCACCCGCUCUUCCAGUCACUCCUCCCGAUCCCCCAACCCUAGGACCUCCCCCAGGUAUACCCGGAGCCGAUCCACUUCCUCCGGAAAAAGGUCCUACUCGCGCUCUCCCAGCUAUUCCUCCAAGUCUGACAAGAGGAGCCCGCCUAGCAGAAGCUCGCGUUCCCGCCGCAGCCCCAGCUACUCGCGUUACAGCCCGAGCAGGGAGCGAGACCCCAAAUUCGGUGAGAAGGACUCGCAGCAGCGGGAGCGCGAGCGAGCGCGCCGGAGACGCCGGUCCUACUCGCCCAUGCGGAAGCGCCGGAGAGACUCGCCGAGCCACCUGGAGGCGCGGAGGAUAACCAGUGCCCGGAAGCGCCCCAUCCCCUACUACCGGCCCAGCCCCUCUUCCUCGAGCAGCCUCAGCAGCCCCUCCUCCUGGUACAGCAGCAGCAGCCGGUCCGCCAGCCGCAGCUACUCCCGGAGCCGCAGCCGGAGCCACAGCCGCACGCGCAGCCGGAGUCGGAGCCGGAGCCGGAGCCCGACCCGCACGAGCUGCAGCUCCAGCUCCCGCAGCCCCAGCCUGGGCUCCCGGAGCCGCAGCCGGAGCCAGAGCCGCAGCUACAGCUCAGCAGACAGCUACUCCAGCACCAGGCGCUAAGCAAGGGCCCUCCCUUGAGCCAACUGCCCAUUGGGGGCCUCUUUCACUCUGCCAGCCUCCCCCCUCCCUGCCCACCCUGCCUUCUCUUUGGUGACAGACACUGAGGGUUCCUGGACCCUGUCCUUCCUGCUCUCCUGGGGAGGAGGAAAAGAGGGUAGGGGGAUCCAGCCUCUAUGUUGAGCUGCUAGGAGCCUGCACCAACACCACCCUGGGGCUCAGUUCAGGCCUGGGCAGAUGGAGAGAACCAUCCUCUGUUGGCACAAAACACCUCAAGGUUUUGCAAGAGGCAAUGGGUCCAUGACUCAAAAGUUUGGGCCUGGCCAGGAAAAUGUAGAGACAGUCCUGCUAAGACACUGCUCACAGGAUGCACACAGAAGGCCAGUGGUGAUUCAUUGCACCUGCCCUCAUUCAAUCUCAUGGCUGCAUCCGUAUGGACGCCUGUGGGCGUUGGGAGAGAUGAAGGGAGACCAGGAGCAGUUCAGGCCUGGGAGAGGGGACCCAGCCUUUCACCUCCCCAAACAGGUCAGAGCAAAGGCUGAAAGGCUAUGGGGUCCUAUAAAGGGGGACAUAUGUGAGUAGGGGACAUGGACAUUUCAGUUGGUAGGAGGUGUCAGGAGACAGGUUCUCUGGUUGUUCUGCUGCUCCCAGUAUCUCAGCGUGGUCAGGAAAAGGAGCCUGGUGGGUUCUAGCAAUGGAGAGGACACCACACAGCUUACCAGGGAACCUGCAUCCUCACUGAGGAAGGACACAGUGAACAGUUGGGACAGCUUGGUCUAUAGCCCCACUUCCCAAAUUUGCCUCAGCCCUGCUAGCUGGCACCAAUUUAAUUCCACGGGACCAUCUGCUGAACAUUCCCAGUGUCAUGGCCAGCUGCCAGUCCCCAGCGCCAGCCAGUCUGGCCUUAGCCUCCGGUUGGCGCCCGCCUGCCCCCUCCCCACUGCCUGUACCGCCACGCCCUGGAUCCUUCCCAGUGUGGCGGAGCCCUGCCCCCCGCCCCCAGCCUAAGCUGCCCCCUUUGCCUCUCAGGAAUUUUGCCAGGAUGGGACACCAUAGCAACACAGGUUUUGGGGGAAAAGCCCAAAUCCAGAGAGUCUGGGAAAGAAGGGCUUGGAUGCUCCAUAGCUUGGGUUCCUGCUGGCUUCUGAGGUUUCUCGUCAGCUUGGGAAAGCCCCGCAUUCAUUUCUGCUCCCACCCCACUUCCCGCUGCCCAGGAUGGGCAGUGUGGGUAAGCUGAUCUCUGGCAUAGAAAUGCCAUCAGCUGCUUCAUCCAUGGAAGGCUCUGAGAACAGGGGCGUAGGGAGAGGAUCCUUAAAAUAAACUCUUGGGCAUCCCCCUCACCAGCUGACUGGCUUUCCGGAGCCUUAGGGGUGAGUUUCAAGUCUGUGGUAGCAACGGGGCAUGGAGGGAGAGAGCAAGGGGACAUGGGUCCCAGCUCUGGACACUGGAUACUCGGGAAGAAGGGAGCAAGUGUUCCUUACCCUUCAUACCCUAGGGAAAAAAAACACUAUUCUUUUGGAAGCAGUGACCCCCUGCCAAUCUUUCCUAUUACAUCAGCCUGUGGGGCCAGAAACUGCCCUGCCACCACCCCACAAAUCCUUCCUCCACCAGGAGCACAGAGUGAGGCGGCCCCAGGCAGCAGUGCCAGACGUGCUGUGGUGCCCUCUGAUCCAGACCUAGACCCCGCCCACCAACACUACUGAUGCCAGUGCUGCCACUGCAGGAGGCCGGAUGGCAGGUGCUUGGGCCAGGGGCAGGUGCCCUGGGAGGGCAUGUACAGCAACUGUAAAUAACCCUCUUCCCCCCCCCAGGAACCUGUACUGGACUCCAGUCUCCCCUCACCGAGACAGAGGCUUUGCGAGAGCCACGAAACCUCCUUAGCAGGACAGCAGUGAGGGGCCUGGGAAGCCCCAGUUCCACCUGCCUUCAGCUACCUGUAGGGGACCAUUCUACCUGGGGCUCCUAGCAAACCUUUUAUUUAUUGUAUUUAUUUAUGUUUAUUUAUUUAUUUAUGCUAUGACUUCCUUAUCUCUCUGUUGCCAUUAGCAGUAUUCAACUAUUUAUUUAUUUAUAUGGGGAGGUUGGUUGUAUGUGUGCGUGUUGGUAUGUGUGUUUGUGGUGGGGGGGGACUGGUAAAUUAUUUUUGUGUAUCUCUUUUUUAAUUUGUGUCUCUAUGGAUGGAAUUUGAGAGGCUGGUGGUGUGGGUGGGGAUGCUGGUCUUUUUCCUGAAGGCGAGACCCACACAGGUCCAGCCCUAAACAUCCCAGCAUGGGCCUGGAAGACGUCAGGCCCCAGGUUCAUUCCUUGGCCCGGUGUCAGCGAGGUUCAGGUCUGCACCCCAGACCGCUGCCCACCAGCAUCCUCACUGAGAUAUGAGAAAGAUGAAAAUAAGCCAGGAGGCUCAUGAGCUAAGGCACAGAAUUGACACAGUGGAGUUAUGGCUUCUUCAGGCGUUGAAGUCUAAGGUUAGCAUGUAACGAAGAGAGAAUCACUAGUCAGAGUGCUUUAGAGAGUCCCCCAAUGGGAGACAAAUUUGCUAUCUCUUGGGUACUGAUGAGGCUUCAGUUAAUACUUAUUGAAGUAGCUGCCUUGAGUUUGGGGAGCCGUGGUGGUCGAGAUGACUGGUUUAACACUGGGAUGGUCCUUGGAGUUGCCAAGGUAAGAGGGAGGCAGGAACAGAGCUGAGGGAAGAGAAAAUGCUCAUCUUGACCUUACACUCAUUCCAGCGCUCCUACCAGUGGGCCAGAUUGCUCCCUCGCUUUUCUGAGCAUAUCUAGUUGGUUUCAUGUAAAUCACCCAUACUUCAGACUCCAGUGUAGCUCACUUCUGCCCCUGCCCUGAGGCUUCCAGACAGCUGGUCCUUCUGCAGCGGAUGCGCACUGCCUUGUGAAGAGGCACCCGCCAUCCUGGGAGAGGAACAGAGACCCCAAAGCAUAAGCCUUUUUCUGUGACCUCUCACUAUGCCAUCAAGGGAAAGCAUAAAGCUAUUUCUGAAAUUAGGGGGGGAAACGAGGGAAGGAGCAGCCAGAGGUUUCCCCAAGAAGGUCAUUUCAGAUCCCAUACCGGGAGCCAGGAUCCAGAGACCUUCACCAGUCCUGCCUCUCUGACUAACUGGCAGCAUCUUCUGGCUGCUCUCUGGAGAGGUUCCCACCCUUUUCAAAGUCACUGUUUCCUACCUUGAAAUUGCUAACUUGCCUGGUCCAGCCUUGGGUUUGGUGAAACUUUUGCAGCAUCCCUGGUUGUUUCCCUAGCAAAAUGACCUCACCCUGCCCUAGCCCUCGCCUGGGGAAGGCUUGCAGGAAGGAUGUUUAAAUGCCUCCCAGGUGGGGGAAAUUUCUGUGCCUCCCUCUCACUGGGUAUGUUUCCCUACUUUCCUCUACAUUUCCUUUUAUUUUCCAUCCAAAAAUGAACGAAAACUCUUGUUGGAGCACUGAUAACCUCAAAAAUGGGAGGGUGAUGUGGCUUUCGAUCAAGCAGCCUCAGAAGCCUUCAGCCUUCCUGCUACAGAUAACACACAGGAUGAGUGAACUUGAGCAGAUCACUCCCUUCCUCAGGGUCAGAGUUCCCACAUUUGAGAAAUACAGGAAUUUUUGAGAGGUAAUCCAAAAAGUUGACCUGAGGCCAGGGAGGUUCUCCACAGACAACAUUCACCAAGCCUUAGAAGGGGAAGAAAAACACUGUCAGACAGGGAGUCUUCAGUCAGGAGGGUAAAACCUAAAAGCAACAUGUGAAUUCCCUCCAGUUAGUUAAGAAAAGCUACCCAAUUCCAAGCCCCCAACCAGGACCAUUCUAGUUCCUUGAGGUAUGAUUGGAUUCCUGUCUAUUUCUUUCCUUCUUCCAAGGAAAGUCAGUCUUUAGAAGCGAAACUACAAUGUUUGAAAGACACAGGGUCUCAUCUCAGUAAGUCCACAUCACUGCACUUCUUCAGAACUAAUCGCUUUCCCAGAAGGCUCUGCUUGACAAGUCAAGAUGGGGGUGCUCCCAAAGGCGCAAAGGCACAUUUUAUUUUUCUCAAGUCUGACUUCCAACUUUUCUUCUGCUGCAUUCUCCUCCACAAAUACUCAAAAUAGUCUCAUGUGCCUGGGUCUUGCCUUGAUUUCCCCUGUCACUAAAUAGAAACUUUUGUCUCAUUCAAAACCAAACCAAAGCAGAACUUCUCAAAACACGCCCCCACCUCCAUCGGCCAACUGAGUCCAGCCGAGGAACAUACGUUAGCUACAGCGUGUCAUCCAGCAGUGCUUUACUGCAGCCCCUUCCUUCUCAUUUUGCACCCAUGAGCCAGUGGGUACUGAUAGAGGUGUCCUUCCCCUCUGUCUGUGGCUGUUGUCUUGGGUUUUUUGUUUAUCGAGGGCUUUUUUGAGUUGUUGUUUGCAUUGUAAAUACCAUGAUGGGAGCCCUACAUCAGAACAUGGCUUAUUUAAUAAUUUAUUUCCUAUUUAUGGAGUGAUAUUGGGAGAGGCAAGGGACCCCCCUCUUCCCCUAAAUGGUUACUGGCAAUUGGCCCAUCUCGCGGCACCGGGUGUGGCCGUCUACACUGUCACAAGUAAUGAGCGCCAGAAUUGCCCCGCAAAUUGGAAUUGGCAGAAAUGGAGGCUUCAGUCAUACAAACUAAGCUCGAAUGGAACUAAAACACUGAUUAUCUCCGGGAAAACCUCAUUUUGAUGGAAAUUAAUUGAAGAAUAAAAUGCCUGUACAUGAACCAACUUCUAUUAAAAAGUCACAACUCCUUGAAAAGAAAGAAAGAAAGGGAAAGAAUAUCACACUCCCUUUUCUCUGGCAGAGAAAACCUACGCCUCAUCUUCCAACAAGCUGAGCCAAAGAGACCGGAAUAACAUUCCUUUGUGGUUCUCUUGCCUGUGUGUGUGUGUCCGGAUGAAACAGUGGGUCCCAGGCCUCGGUUUUAUCAUCUGUAAAAUGGAAUUUGGCCCAAGUGCUCUUGGCAGGGUGGUGGGAGAGGGUUCUGAUGCUGCGAGCUCCAAGCUGUCAGAUACAUGGUCCCUGUGUCUCUGACUGUAGGUGGAAGGGUGUCUCCUAAGAAGGGACUAGAAAAGCAGGGCACGACGUUCGUUUGUUUGCAGGGUGAGGCCGCAGUAGCUGAGUCUUGCAGUCAGAUGCAGGAGGCUUCCAGGUGCUGUCACCUGAUAACUCCUGUGGCCUGGGUUAAAGCCCUCUAGGUUAGCUUGAACUUGUCUCCAAGCCCAGCUGUCCAGAGUCAUCAAAGUGGAGACCAGGAUGGCAUCAGGCCAUGUUUUGUACAAUUGUACAGUAAGUCAGAUGACCAUUUUUCAGAUGAGAAACUGAGGCCCUGGAAGAGGGAACUGCCAUGCCUGAACUCCCUUGAGCUCAGAUCUGCCUGACUCCAUGCCCCAUACUCUGUUGGUAGCUUUGCCAGGCCUGUGCUGUGAGGACUUCUCUUUGUGCUAUAUUUUUUCUCUCCCAAUCCUCAGCUGUUUCCUCUAGCAGUCACAGGCCAAGGACCUAGCAGAAUCAACCACAUCAACUAGGGGUCUUGGUGUACCCCAAGGCCAUUUAUCCACAUCAGGGAGGGCUGGAAUUCCCAUCUGGAAAACCCCAAAUCAGGGGACCCACUACCAGCCCAGCUUGGCCUGAGUGACCAGCCCCUGCCCGGAACACCCACAUCAGAGGGGGGAAGCGCGUCUGUGUGUCCUCCACCAUCCUGGGGCUCUGUCCUCUACCCAGUGACACGGCCACCAUGGCUUGUUUGAUUUCUGGUGUUCACAGCUAAGCAUAAUCUUCCCAGGGUUUCUGGUUUUUCAGUCUGUAUGAAACAUGUCUCUGUUCUAAUAAAAGGUCCCAUGGUAUGGUGUUCUCAUA